UGUUCAACAAUGGCGGAUCAAUCUCUUCGCUCGCCUACUAAACCACAUUUCUUUAAGCCUCUUCUUCCAGGCUUCCGCACUCACCUUAACAUUCCUGUAGCUUUCUUCUCGAAGCACGUUGAAGGAAGAAACGACCAGAACAAGACUGCGAGACUGAGAUCAGAUGCGUCGGAUGAAACUUGGUUGGUGAAGAUGGACGGUUUGAAAUUAACCGACGGGUGGGAAGAGUUUGCCUUUGCACAUGAUCUCCGAAUUGGGGACAUCGUGGUUUUCAGACAUGAGGGAGAGAUGGUGUUUCAUGUCACAGCUUUGGGACCAAGUUGCUGUGAGAUUAAGUAUACCUCUCCAUCAUCUCACAACAUGAUCAAUGAUGAUCAAACCAACAUUGUUUCAAGAAACAGUUCAAGAGUGAAGAAGAAUACAAGAAAGAAAGUGGAGUCUUCAUCAAACCAUUCUCGUUUUGUAGCAAAUGUCACAGCUUGGGGCCUAAGCAAUGAUCGACUGAAUAUACCACUCACUUUCGCGAGGUUAAACGGUCUGAACAAAAUGCGCGGUAAGAAAAUCUAUCUUCACAAUGAAGAAGGAAGAUCAUGGAAGUUAGGUUUGGUACAUGACAAAGCAGGCAUGCAUACUUAUUUCAAAUCUGGUUGGAGAAGUUUCUGCGCUGCAAAUGGUAUUAGCCAAGGUCGAUAUACAUUCCAACUGGUACGAAAAUCGGCACCACCUGUCAUCCGUUUGUGCCGCUCAAAUCAAAGAUCAGCAGCGGAAUCUGCAUCAGACCAUUCUUGUUUUAAGAGACAUGUCAGUCCUUCAAGCCUAAGAUAUGAUCAACUGUAUCUUCCAAGGAGCUUUGUGAGCUCAAAUGGUCUGGACAAGAGAUUUGGUGAGAUAAUUUUAAAGAAUGAACAGGGAUGUAAAUGGCCUUUAGUUUUGAAACAUUCCAAACCAAUCACUACAUAUCUCACGAAAGGCUGGACCAAUUUCUGCCACGUUAACGGGAUCAAAGUUGGAGACUUCUUCAAGUUUAAACUGGCUGGAACCUGGGAAGAACCUGUUCUUUCUUUGUGCCCUGCAGAAUCCAAUCGUGACAAAACUCCAUUAAAGUGUUCAGAGAUUAGUAAUGAUGUGAAUCCCGAAGAAAGUGAAGAGGAGACUACUGGAGACAAGAAUAUCUCUCGGCAUUAUUUGGAUCUUAAGAAAAGGAAGUAUCGGUCAAGAUGCAGAGCCUCUGUAGAAAACAUGGAUGAUGACCAGACCAACAUCGGAAACAGUUCAAGAGUGAAGAGAGUGAAGAAGAAUCCAAGAAAGAAGGUAGAGUCUUCAUCGGACCAUUCUAGUUUUGUGGCAAAUGUCACAGCUUCGAGCCUAAUAUAUGAUCGACUGUAUUUACCACUGACUUUUGAGAGGUCAAACGGUCUACACAAAAAGAGCGGUGAGAGAAUUGUUCUACUUGAUGGAGAAGGAAGGUCAUGGAAUUUGAAUUUGAAAUACAACGAAGCAGGCAUGCAUACUUAUAUAAGACCAGGUUGGACAAGAUUCUGUGAUGCAAAUGGGAUGAGCCAAGGUCAACAAUUUACGUUUAAACUGGUCCAAAAGGCUGCACCACCUAUCAUGCGUUUGUAUCUUGCAAAACGUAGACCAAUAUCAGAAUCUUCAUCACACCAUUCCUAUUUGGUGGGAUCUGUCACUGCUUCAAGCCUAACCACAGAUAGACUGUGUUUAAGUAGGAGUUUUGUGCGCUCAAGUGGUCUGGACAAAGGAUACGAGGAGAUAGUUUUAGAGAAUGAAUGGGGAAAAGGAUGGAAUUUAGUCUUGAAACAUUACAAAUCAUGCUGCUCUACUAUUCUCGGAGGAGGCUGGACCACUUUCUGCCAAGACAACGGAUUAAAACCUGGAGACUCUUUCAAGUUUAAACUGGUUGGAACCGGGGAAAGGCCUGUUCUUUCUUUGUUCCUUGCAGAUUCCAACCAUGUUUCCAACCAUGAAAAAACUCCAUUAGAGUGUCCAGAAGGUAGUGAUGAUGUAAAGUACCUCUCCUCUAGUAGCGGAGAUGAUAGUAGCAAAUCCAAUGAAAGUGGAAACGAGAGUAUUGAUGGCAGGAACAAGAACAAUUCACAAUAUUCCGGUGAGAUCAAGAAAAGGAAGUAUUUCUGGAAAUGUAGAGCUUCUUCACCUUCAUAUACACAAGACCGAUUUGUGACAUUAACUCUUACACAGUCCGCUUUUCAAACCUAUAAACUGUUUCUUCCUCGUGAUUUCACGCAGAUGAAUGGCAUCAACAAGACAGGGAAGAUAACUCUGUUGGGUCAAGAUGGAGUAAAACGGGUGGUGGAUCUCUUUCUAGACAGAAUAUGCGGAAGGAUGCGAUUUGGAAAAGGCUGGAGAGAGUUCUGUAAAGCUGAAGGCGUGAAAAUAGACGAGUCCUUUGUGUUGGAACUCAUUUGGGAAGAAGAAGCACGUCCAGUGUUUAAGUUCUGCACCAAAGUAAACUCUGCUUGAAUUUGUUUCCAGAGAAGAUGCUUGUGAUGUGUCAUGACAGAUUCUCUCUCUUUAUCUCUAUUGCCUGGAGCAGUAGAUGUCAAUCAAUCCUUUGUUCGUUUUGAACCUUUUGAGAUAUUGAAAUGUCAUAACUUCUGUGUUCCUUAAGCUCGUUAAAGAUAUUGGUUCUUCUCA